ACGCUCGUUGUCCCGGUCACCAGGAGGCGAUCGGCGCGAACAACAAGAAGACAGUCGAGUUUUCGCUCAUUUCCUUCUCUCUUUUCUUCACUAAAUGAACGAGUUUCUUGCUUCCGAAGACGCUUUACGAACAGAGCUGUGUGCGCCAUUUGGUCAGGAAGAUUAACCAUUCGGCUGGAGGUCUCAUGCCCUAGGGGUAAAAACUCAAGAGUGCCGCCAUGCCUGAGGUUGUGCUUGAAGGAGUACCUGUGCGGUUCCCCUUCGAGCCGUAUGAAGUCCAGAAGGCAUACAUGAGCAAGGUGAUCCAGUGCUUGCAACAGGGAGUGAAUGGCAUCCUGGAGUCCCCAACGGGCACAGGCAAGACUCUGUGUCUGCUCUGCUCGACCCUGGCCUGGCUGGAGGUCAAGAAAGCAGAGCACAAAGCACGUUUGCACAAUGUGGCUGGGGGAGAUGCUGACUUUAUGUCGUCUCUGAGCUCGCAGCUGAAGGCAGGCUCUGGGUCAGCUUGGGGAGAAAAGAAUGCUCCACCAAAGAUCAUAUACUCUUCGAGGACUCACUCCCAGCUCAGCCAGGCAGUAAAUGAACUGAAGAGAACUACCUAUAGCUAUCUCAAGGUGGCAGUACUAGGAUCGCGCGACCAAAUGUGCAUCCAUCCUGAGGUGUCGAAGGAGACUAACAACAACAACAAGGUGCACAUGUGUCAGCUGAGGGUUAAGGCCAAGACGUGCUACUUCAAUAACCAGGUCGAAGCUAAAAAGGAUGACCCAGAAGUGCGUCAGAAGGCGCUUGACAUUGAAGACCUUGUCAAAGUUGGCCGCAAGAAGACAUUCUGCCCAUAUUACAUGGCGAGGGAACUCAAACAAGAUGCCGACAUAAUUUUCCUGCCCUACAACUAUCUCCUGGAUCCCAAAAGCCGGAAAGCGCAUGGAGUGGAGCUACAGGGUAAUAUUGUGAUCUUUGAUGAAGCUCACAAUGUGGAGAAAAUGUGUGAGGAAGCUGCGUCUCUACAGAUUCGCUCAACAGACAUAGCUCUGUGCAUUGAUGAAGUAACACAGGUCAUGAAAAAGAUGCAGGAGAUGAGCGAGGGCUCCACCAUUGCGGCCAACGACGUGUCCGAGGUGAUGCCGGAAGAUUUCAACCCCGAUGAUCUCUACACCUUGAAGGCCCUCUUCUUGGAGCUGGAGAAGGCUAUUGACAGCAUACCAAUCAAAAUGGGAGACACAGGCACCACCUACCCGGGUAGCUUCAUGUUCGAGCUGCUUGAGAAGGCUGAAAUCACGCACCACAAGAAAAAUGUCAUUCUGGAGGUUUUGGAAAAGCUGGUGCAGUAUCUAACGACAAACAGUGCCUCCCCAUUCCAGCGAAAGGGAGCAGGCCUGCAGAAAUUCUCUGAGUUGAUCAAGGUUGUGUUUAGCAAAGAUAACUUCUCUCUCCAGCACAUGGAAUAUGUGAAACAGUGCUACAAGGUCCACGUGAGCAUCGAGGAGAACAAGAAGAAGGCUGGCGGUCGUCAAGAUGGCUGGGGAGCCGUCAAGACCGCCAAUGUCAGCACUAAAGUUGGUCGAGUCAUUUCGUAUUGGUGCUUCAAUCCUGGCUUUGGUAUGAAGGACCUGUCUGAGCAAGGCAUCAAGUGCAUCCUCCUCACCAGUGGAACUCUGUGCCCGCUAGAGUCUUUCACCUCGGAACUGCAGGUAUGUUAUUUUGCAGAAUUUAGGAAAUUGCAUCCUGACUCAAGUGUGAAAUGUGUAUAUCUUUCCAAUGUUAAAAACACGUACGUUCAUUGUUGUCCCAGGAGUGACCCUCGCUACAUCAGCUCGUUGGGGCAGACCAUCCUCAACUUUUCCCGCAUCGUGCCCGAUGGCUUGCUGAUCUUCUUCCCCUCCUACCCCAUCAUGCGAAGCUGUCGGGAUGAGUGGCAGAAUUCGGGCAUCUGGAGCAGGAUUUCGGCCACAAAGCCCAUCUUUGUGGAACCCCAGACAAAGGAUGAGUUCCACAGCGCCAUGACAGAGUACUACCAGAAGAUCAACGACCCGGCGCUGAAGGGGGCGUGCUUCAUGGCAGUUUGCAGGGGCAAGGUCUCGGAGGGCUUGGACUUCGCCAACCGCAACGGCCGGGCGGUCAUCAUCACAGGCCUCCCGUACCCCCCGUUCAAGGACCCCCGCGUUGUGCUCAAGCAGAAAUACCUCGAGGAAACCAGGAUCAAGAAUAAGGCAGGUUUGACAGGGCAGGAAUGGUACAAGCUGGAGGCGUCACGGGCCGUAAACCAGGCCAUUGGGCGCGUGAUCAGGCACAAGGAUGACUACGGUGCCAUCAUCCUGUGCGACAACCGCUUCGCCGCUGCCAACUUCCGCACGCAGCUGUCGGCGUGGGUGCGCCCCUUCAUGAACUCUUACAGUACCUUUGGGCCUGCGCUCAGGGACAUCAUACAGUUCUUCAAGAAUGCCCAAGUCUUGCUGCCCCAGCCUGAGGAGAAGACCGGGAAGCCAUCAAUCAGUGCGAAGUACGACGAGCCCCCAGCAGCAGUGGGUGCAGCGCCCCCGGUUCCUGCCCACGCCCUGCAGGCAGCCCCCACGCGUCUCGUUGUCUCGGAUGCCACCCGCCAGAAGAUGGGACAGGCGCUGGCACAGAAGGAGGACUUUAACAACAUGUGGUCGAACAUGAAUUAUAAGAAGACGGAUGGGGGGAGUGAGAAGAGGGAAGGGGAGGGGGGCGACGGCUCCCUGUUCUCAGCCCUGGAGAAGAAGACGUCGGUGGUGGACUUCAACUCCCUGCAGAGCACAUCGCAAGUGAGCUGCAAGUACGAUACCCUGCAGGUGGGCAACAAGAAGAGGAAGAUCAAGAUUGUGUCAAAGGGUGAGAAGGAGUUGGCAGACUUCCUGAAGGGCUCUGGACCCAGCCAAGCAGCAAGCCAGGCAUCUCAAGGGGUGGCUGCAGAGGGUACGAGUUGCUCCCCUGAGAUGUUCUCCUCCCCAGGCAACUCGCAAGAGCUCAUCAGUGGUGCACAGAAGAGCGUGGCAAAGGCAUCUUCGUCGGGUGUUUCGGGGUCUGGGAAGGUCUCCACGUCGGCAGCAGUGGCAGCCAUUGCUUCAGGAAAGGAGAACGGCGAGACCAAGAAACUGGGAUCCAUUGCCGACUACAUUAAAGAUGUGAAAUCCCAGCUGAACAAGGAGCAGUACGGCCUCUUUUCAUUGGCUGUCAAGAACUACCAGAAGAGCAAGGACUAUGAUACCGUGGUGGGCACUCUCGCCUCGCUCUUUUCCCGGGAAGUCGAGCAUCACAGACUCUUCAGAAAAUUCGAGCAGUUCCUGAGCAAGGACCAUAGGCUUGCAUUCCGAGAGUCGUGCGAGGAGAUGCUGAAGAGAUAGUCCAUGCGAGUCGUCUAGUCAUUUUCAUCCCCCUUUUUUUCGUCACUUUACGUAGCUGUGGUGUUUGCUUUCGUCCUGGCGAGUGAGGCAAUUGUAGACACACAGAAAAAUCAGUUGAAAAUAAU